CUUCGGGCUAAGCAUGUUCUUCUCGACAUUCGCAUCUUCAAACACCGUUUGCUGCUUCAUUGGCCGGACUUACAUACAGACUCAGACAAACCUGUAGCCAAAGCCAACGGGUCCUUGCCUUCAUCCGGUUCACUUGAAAUGGUCGAGUUUGUAUGCUGGAAAGCUGUCUUCCUCUACAUUGUGCGUCGAGUCUGGCGUCGACGACCAGAUAUAAACGCCAAAAUCAUCGUAAUCUUCCGGGAUAUCCGGCCGAAAGAAGAUGCAAUAUACUUUUUGGAGGAGACCAUUAAGUGGGGGAAGAUUCCCAACCGGGCAUGGGGCUUCGAUGUCACAAGUUUCGUCCGACUUUUGGCCAUCUGGCGUUUCAUGCAUUGA